GGAGAAAGGAGAGAGAUAUCCCAUCGUGAUGUACCAACUUCACCGAUACACAUGUAAACACUGUCUCCAGCUCAGUGUAUGUUAUGAUCAGCCUGUUUCUUAUGUUCUCCUUUUUCUUCUCUGUCUCUCUUUUGUACCAAUCGAUACUUCGCUGAUAUGGCUGUGGAGCGGCUCCUCAACCCAUCUCGAAUACUUAUCACUCUGUCCUCGCAAGAGUCUACAUACAUCCAUUGUCGAGAACUUCAAGUUGUGGUUAAGACGCAGGUAUAUUAGGACGAGAUCGGAAUUUUGGAGACUCGAACAGCACAUGGACAAUUGAUAGCGUGUAUUCAGAGCCGUCACCGGAUUUUGCUGAUACUCGCAGCGUUUCAGAUGGUCUUGGGUAUCUGUCCCAUCCACCUCACGAAAACUUUGAGAGCGCGUCGUUCACAUUUCAGGCAGAACGAAGAUCUUCCUUUCCACCAAUCGGUGGCUGCAAUUGGGGGGGAUCACUUCCUUGAUUUUUGAUCCUGCGGACACCCCAGAGUGCUUUCACUCCUAGCAGAUCAUCCGAAGCGUCGACGACUCCAAGCUUUGCGACAACUAUUUACAGCUCGAGCUACCAUCAAUCUCAACCACAAGCCAUCCAUAGCCCCGGUCAUAUGUCCCGAUCAAGUCCUCGGCGUAGUAUUUUAUCCAAAAAUCCCUUUCGAUCUUGUUCCUUCAGGUGCUAUCAACUGCUGCAUGACAAAGUGCCAAGUCAAAUCAUCCAUUACUCAUACACGCUACCAAAAUAUCAGAAGAAAACCACCCAGCCCCGCUUCUGUUGCACGGCAGGAUCGCAUACUACGGCCUCCAAUGUCGGAUCAGUCCAAUCGGAUCACGAUCUAUAUAUGUCAACUGGACGCCACAAUAUAGACGAACCGUUUCGGGCCGGGAAGAUCCUCCGAAAUGCGCUGCAGAUUUCUCGCCCUCGUGAGAUUUGCGUGACUUUUGCCGGAUGCGAUGCUUUCGAAAUGUAGCUGGCUGUGAAGAGAUUCAAUGACAGGGCGUGAACGAGGUGAUUUGGAAGCUUCGGCCGAAAUUGUGCUUGCAUUUCAGUUUCCGUUGUGUAGGUCCUUCUCGCUACAACUUCCUUGGGUCUUCUUUGCCCAAACCCCUGAGCGAGCAUGUCUUCGCAUUCGCGUAGCUCAUUCAAGGGCCGUCUCCCUACUUCUCGAUCACCGGACUUAAACACUUGGCAACCAAGAAAUCAAUCCUGCCUCCUUCGCCUUACCAGAAUUCAAAGUGCUAGGGUAUUCGCACUAAUCACGUAAGUUGCAUGAGAAUUCUUGGAUUGCGCUAUGGCUAUGGGAAGCGAUUCCCCUACUCAAUGAAGUAUUAACUGAAGGCUGGGCGGGGAACAAGCGAGAACUGUCAUUACAUUUCACAUGAGACAAUACGUGACAAGAAUGAAAUUUUUCUGGAUACAAAAGUAUAUUGAAUUCUCCGUAUUUUGAUUGUGGAGUGGGCAAUUUCACCAUGGACACAGGCAGCUACUUAGAGACCCUUUCCCCUUCGUCCCCUUCCUCUCCGCGUUCCACCUUGCAUUCCUUGCAGGUCUGCUCGAGUGUCUUGCUUAAUUGUCAUUUUCAUAAUGCAGUUUCGUUACUUUCUCACGGCGUUGUUCAUCUCGUUCAAUCUCGUGACUGCAACCCCACGGUCUUCCAAUGUCCCAGAUGAGGUAGACAAACUCGCUGCCAAAGGACUUAUCAAUCUUGAGAAGUAUCAGGCCAAAAGACAUAGCAAGUGUACUGUCAGGAAUGCUGCCAAGCGAAAGGAAUGGGGUGACCUCUCCUCAAGAGAAAAGAAGAAAUACAUUUCCGCAGUCCUUUGUCUUCAGUCUAAACCAUCAAGGACUCCCCGCUCGGUUGCACCCGGUGCACGCUCAAGAUAUGACGAUUUUGUACUAGUACACAUCAAUCAAACAUUGACAAUUCACGCCACAGGUAACUUCCUCUCUUGGCACAGAUACUUUGUCUGGGCAUAUGAAACCGCUCUGCGUGAUGAGUGCGGUUACAAAGGUUAUCAGCCAUACUGGAAUUGGGGCCGCUACUCGAGCGAUCCCAUCAAUUCUCCGCUGUUCGAUGGAAGCGAUACAAGUUUAUCUGGCAAUGGUCUCUACUACAACCAUACUGGCGUUCUUAUCGCUGGAGCCCCUCCACCAUUUGAUGUGAUCCCCCCUGCAGUUGGAGGAGGUUGUAUUACCACUGGUCCAUUUAAGAACAUGAGCGUCAACCUCGGUCCCCUCUUUCCAUCCAUCUCAGGUGUCCCACCCAACCCUCAGAAAGACGGCCUUGGAUAUAACCCACGCUGUCUUCGCCGAGACAUCAAUCCCCACGCAGCAGCCGUGACAGCAACCAACUACACCUACGCACUCAUCACCGAUCCUCUGCACUCUGACAUCUACUGGUUCCAAACUGUCAUGCAGGGACAAUUUCCAGAGGGCAAGUGGGGUGUGCACACAGGUGGUCACCACACUAUAGGAGGUGAUCCUGCCGGGGAUUUCUUCACAUCUCCAAAUGAGCCAGCUUUCUUCGUCCAUCACGGCAUGAUUGAUCGUGUCUGGUGGAUAUGGCAAACGCAGGACCUCGCAGCUCGUCUGAAGGCUGUGUCUGGGACAAUUACUUUGUUCAAUCAGCCGCCUUCUCGAAAUGUGACGUUGGACGAUGAUGUUGACUUGGGCAUCGUAGCACCGACUGUGAAGCUGGGGAGUUUAUUGGAUACUAUGGGUGGGUUGGGUGGUGAGUUCUGUUACGUUUAUGUUUAA